AUGAUGGAAGCCCUGCUUUCUGGAAUGCUGUCUCACCAAUUAGUCCGCUUGGCCGCCCGCCAGGGCCUCCAGAUCUAUGUACUGGGGAACGAGCUCGAGUUGAACAAAGAUGCGUCCCCUGUAGAACCGCUGUCGGAAGUCGUCCUUGCCAUCUCGUUACGGGGGCCGGGCGGCGUAUGGCCACCACCGCGGCCGUUGCUCCAAAACGCCUUGCGGCUUUCCCUAGGCGUCGAAGACAUAUACUCUUCGCUGGUGCCGCGCGAGGGCAACGAGUAUGACGAAAGCCUCAUGCUUCUCCAUCUGCUGCUGAAGCGCUGCGAUGAGUACGCAGGCGCGCCUAACCGCCACAGCAUCCGGCUCCUGUGGCUCGAAGAGCCUGUGGAGAUCGCCUUCGAGCCACACCACAUAUCUUGGAUCGUUGAUGUCGAUGCAGACCGUCGUCUGCAGUUGGUUAGACGUCUAGCGCUAAGUUCGGAACGUUCCGGCAAGGGACCUUCACUGCAUUACUGCGGAGUGCACGAGAAGCAGCCGACGGUGAGGGAAGUGCAGUGGCUGCCCGUGGGGCCUUUGGCACACGGUGAGAUUGCCUUCAAUCUGGGCGGCAAGGCCACGGCUGAAGAGGAGGGUCUGAGGUUUGUGAUCAAAGAAGCAACUGGGUCGGAACAUGCUAAGUGA